AUGGCUCGGGGAGGUGGAAUGAAGACAGCUAUCCCACCAGCAGCCCCCCACCUGCAGGUAUUGGGGAAGGCCCCCCUCAGCAGGAUUGGUAUCCGCCGCAGCACCAAGCGGGACCGGAAGUCCAUCACCCUGCAUGUGAAGCUGGAGGUGCUACGGAGGUUCGAGGAGGGUGAGAAGCUGACGCAGAUCGCCAGGGCGCUGGGGCUGGCCACCUCCACUGUGGCCUCCAUCCGCGUCAACAAGGAGAAGAUCCGGGCCAAUUCACAGGCAGCCACGCCGGUCAGCGCCACUCAGCUGACCCGCUGCCGGAGUGUGGUGAUGGGCCACAUGGAGCGCCUGCUGAGCCUGUGGAUUGAGGAGCAGAAGCGACAGAACCUACCUGUCAGCACGCUGCUUAUCCAGGACAAGGCACGCCGGCUCUUCGCGGAGCUACAGCGUGAGCAGGGUGAGGGUGCCCAGGCCGAGACCUUUGGGGCCAGCAAUGGCUGGUUUGCCCGCUUCAAGGCACGCCACAAUGUACUGCUGACGGAUGAGCCUGCUGUGGCCGAUGCCCAGGCUGCUGCCCGCUACCCUGAAGUGCUGCGCGGCAUCCUGGAGGAGGGCCGUUACUCGCCGCAGCAGGUCUUCAAUGUAGACGAGACAGGCCUGUUCUGGAAGCGGCUGCCUGAGCGCACACUGCUGGCAUUGGAGGGGGCAGCUGGGCCAGCACCCAAGGCAUCCAAGGACCACCUGACCCUGCUCCUUGGUGGCAAUGCGGCUGGUGACUUCAAGCUGAAGCCCCUGUUGGUGUACCCCUCAGAGAACCCACGCGCCCUCAAGGGCUGCUCCAAGGCCAGCCUGCCAGUUGUUUGGCGCUCCAACCGCAAUGACUGGCUGACACCCAGCAUCUUCCAGGAGUGGUUUACUGGCUGCUUCUGCCCAGCUGUUGAGAGCUACUGUGCCCAGCGUGGCCUCCCGCACCGUGCCCUGCUGCUCCUGGAUGGUGCGCCCUGCCACCCUGCCCACCUGGACAGCCUCUCAGCCCAUGUGCGCGUUGAGUUCCUGCCCAAGAACACCUCAGCCCUGAUCCAGCCCAUGAACCAGGGUGUCAUCGCUGCCUUCAAGGCCCAUUACCUGCGCCGCACACUCAGCCAGCUGGUGCAGGAGACGGCUGGUGAGGACCGGCCCUCUGUCUGGGAAUUCUGGCGCAGCUAUACUGUCAUGAGUGCUGUGGACAAUAUUGCUGAGGCCUGGGCAGAACUACGGCCCGCCACUAUGAAUGGCGCCUGGAGGAAGCUGUGGCCUGAGUGCGUGCCUGAUGGCGCCCCUGAGCCUGAUGCUGUGGCCCAGCUCCGCCGCAGCAUCGUGGCACUGGCCAGCCACGUAGGCCUUGGGGACUUGGCUGAGGCUGAUGUUGCCUGCCUGCUGCAGGCCCACGGGGAGCCCCUGCCCCACAGCAGGCCCCAGGAUGCAGAUGAUGGGGACGUCGGCUGCUCUGGGCCACCUUGGGAGGAAGAGAAAGGCCUGGCCUCCAAGAGAUCAGAGCAGGAGCUCACGGAGGCCAGGGAGGGUGCAGGGGCCAAGGAGGCUGGUGUGGGCAGGCUGAGCCCCGAGCAUCUGACCCAGGCCCUGUCCCACUUUGCCACUGGUCUGCGGAUCCUCGUAGACAAUGACCCCAACAGGGAGCGCAGCCUGCGGGUGUCUCGGGGUGUCCACAGUGCCCUCGCCUGUCUCCGGGAGCUGCAUCGAGACAGAAGGCGGCAGGCUCGGGUGGCUUCGGCAGCAAGGGAGUUGACUGGAGGACUGUCCUCGCCUCAGGACACGUGA